AUGGAGGCAUUCAUCGGUACCUGGAAGAAUGAGAGCAGUGAGGAUUUUGACAAAAUCAUGGAGCGCCUUAAAGUUAAUCCUGAGCUUCGCAAGAUGGGCAAUACGAUUAAGCCCAACUUUAUAAUCAGUGAUAUGGGUGGUGGCAAAUAUAAUAUGCGAUUGGAGAGUUCGGUCAAAAUCAUUGAUACAACCUUUAAACUGGGUGAGAAGUUUAAGGAGGUGACUCCGGACUCGCGUGAGGUCACAUCAUUAAUCACACUGGAUCAUAAUGUGCUGAAACAGGAGCAGGUUGGUCCGGACAGGACUGUCUACAUUGAUCGAGAGGUUGACGGCAAUACGAUGAAAAUGAUUGUAAAAGUGGAUGAACUUGUUUCCACACGAACCUAUUCCAAAGUGGCCUAA